AUGGAGUCCUCAAGCAACGCUGGUCUGCCCGGGUUGCUGGCAUCCACCACGACGAUGAGCCUGAACGUGUUCGACUACCUCGAGAGGCUGCCUCCAGACGCGCUUGACAAGCUCUACGGCGCGGCACCGCCGGCGGCGCAGGGGCAGGGCGGGAGAAGCCACGGGCAGUGGACGUGCAGGGCCCUCCUGCAGUCGCUGCCGCAGCUGGCCAAGCAGCACGUGAUGCGGCUGCUGUUCGUGGAAGGGCCUGUGGGCAAGGGGAUGCUCAAGUCUUGGGUGAAAAAGGAGUACCAGCGCGUCCACGCCGCGUCUGUCCGUAAGUUGGUCAGCCUGCGAGUUCUUUUGCCUAGCGCGGACGGGCAGGAGUACCAGUUGAACCCUCCGUUCAGGGAAAACCUGCAGCGAGCUCUCUGCGCGUCGGACAAGACACCGUGGCAGGGGGACGUGCCUCUUUCGGCGGAUAGGAGCCCGCCGACAGUAGCUAAGAUCGAGCGGCAGAUGCACUCGCAGUGGCAAGAUGUACUCUACUUCCUUGUGGGGUCCGACGAGGAGGGGAGGAGCACACCGCCUGCCAGGGUGGUCAAGUUUAUGGAAGAAAGCGGCCUCAUGAGACCCGUCAGAGGGGGGGGUGCUCUCCGCAUCACCGACAAAGGGCAAGAAGAGGCGUGGAAUUGUUCGCGUGGGGCGCGGGGGGGUAGCUUUUUGUGUUUGCGGGGAGGCGUGGGGCGCGGGGGGGCGAGGGUGCUCUCCACGUCAUCGAUGCUGGAGGGCGCUGUAUACCCUCGUCGAACUGGCCUGUACGAGUUCAUGCUCAAGGAAGCACACGUGCAGGCUUGGAUGGUCGUCCACGCUCUCAUCAACGGCUACGGCAGGACUCAGCCCGGCUGCCGCGACGAGCUGCUCGCCUUCCUCUUUCAGCUAAGCUACUGUAAGGUGGGAGACGCCUACCCGCUGGGAGCGCUCACCCAAACGCAGCGCGAUCUGGCCCAGGACUUCGUGGAGCUCGGGCUCCUCUUCAAGCGGAAGGCCAAGUCUACCCGGUUCUACCCCACAUCCAUCGCGGUCAAUCUCAUCUUCGGCUCCUCUCCCUCCGGGGACGCGGGGGGGGCAGGUGGUGGUGGCGCACAGCGGAAGCCGCAGCCUGCGGGAGGGCUCGGGGUGAGGUGGGGGCGGGGUGGGGGGGAGGGGGCGGGGGGUAUUCGGUUGCGUGCUUGUCUUGCCCGUUGA